CCCUCCUCAAGCUCUCCUCAAGCUCUCCUCAAGCUCUCCUCGAGCUACUCACCGACUGAGUGACUGUUAAUCCUUUUCUCAAUUCUCCAACUUCAACACUUGAAUUCUUGUGCUUUUUAUGCUACGAAUAUCACUGGUCCGCCCAAGCAAAUCCAUCUACAACUCCCUAGCUCGUGCAUCUGCAACCAAAUUUUCUUCGUCUUCGUCUUCGUCUUCCUCCAACCGAUCAAUACCAGACAAUAUGGCUGUUCGAUCCGCAUUCGACCCCAAGGACAUGGUGUUUCGUCACCUUGGUCCCACCGGUCUGAAAGUGUCCGUUCUCUCACUCGGCGGCUGGCUCACUUAUGGCGGCACGCAAAAAGGCAACAUCGUGAAAGAUUGCAUGCAAGCCGCUUGGGAUCAUGGCAUCAACUUCUUCGACACCGCCGAGACCUACGCCAACGGUCAAUCCGAAAUCGAGAUGGGCAACGCCCUCCAGGAGCUCAACUGGCCCCGUGAUGAAUACGUCCUCUCGACCAAGAUCUUCUUCGGUACCGGCCGCAAGGAACCCAACACCCGCGGCCUCUCACGCAAGCACGUCGUCGAAGGACUCAAAUCGUCCCUCGAACGUCUUCAACAACCGUACGUCGACAUCGUCUUGGCCCACCGACCCGACUACGCCACCCCCAUGCGCGAGAUUGUCGAAGGUUUCACCCAGGUCAUCCGCAACCUCAACUUGGCCUACUACUGGGGUACAUCGGAAUGGUCGGCCACCCAAAUCACCGAGGCCACCCUCAUCGCCGAGAAGUACAACCUGAUCGCCCCAAUCGCCGAGCAACCCCAAUACAACGCCUUCCACCGUGAACGCUUCGAAGUCGAGUACGCCCCACUGUACCAGGAAUACAAGUACGGCACGACCAUCUGGUCGCCACUGGCCUCGGGUCUGCUGACGGGCAAAUACAACGACGGUAUCCCCAAGGGCUCUCGGUUCGACAACCACAAGGACUUCUUUGGCAGCACGAUCGAGUCUCUCCAAAAGCCCGAGGGCCAGGCCAAGAUCGAAAAGGUCAAGAAACUCACAAAGAUUGCCGAAUCCUUGGGCGGCAACAUGUCGCAGCUCGCGCUCGCCUGGGCGGCCAAGAACCCGAACGUCAGCACCGUCAUCCUGGGCGCUACCAAGGUCGAGCAGAUCGUCGAUAACUGCAAGGCGAUCAAGUUGUUGGAGAAGUUGGACGACAAGACAAUGGAGGAGAUUGAAGCCAUUCUGGACAACAAGCCUGCUCCUCCACCAAGCUUUGGACGAUCGAGGUAGGCAGUUCCGACUUCCGACCUGUUUGUGGAGCCUCUUGGAGGGAAGUGGACUGUGUCAUGACCAGCAAUCAAUGCACUGGGUACGGUCUAGGGGUCGAUCAUUGAGUGUGUCAUGACAAGCAGUGAAUACACCGUCAGGACUCUAGGAGCUGGGCUGAGCUGAGCUGAUCGUUGACAUUGUGUCCUAGACGCGAACGGCGCCGAAUAUCGGCCAAGCUGUAGAUGAUGCCUAGGUACCGAAACCCGAGAGACCACAAGAGUUAUCCUGCAUAUCUUAGCUGUGGCUAGACAAAAAGUUAUUUUCCAUUUCCA